AUGCGCCCCAAAACCCCUCCCGUCACCCUGCGGGGGCUGCACCGGGACGGGGCCUUACGGGGCCUCACGGCUGAGGAGGCCCGGCGGGCGCGGGAGGCCCGGGGCCGCCCGGACCAUCCCCCCGGAGAAGGUGAGUCAGUGAGUGAGUGUGUGUGUGGGGGGGGGGGGGGGGGGGGAAAACACGGCCUCGGGGGACCCCCGGGACCGGCCCAGAGAGAGAGCGAGAGCGAGCGGGUGCCCGUUUCCCUGCCUCGGACGGCUGGCCAGCUUCGGAGGACUGGCAGUGGGUCUCGGCGUGGGGGCCCUGGCCCAGGCAGCGCGGGCAAGGCUGAGCGGCGAGGGCAGGCCCCAGGGGUGACUACCGGCUCCCCGCUGGACUCCAGCCCCCUCCUCUCGGAAGCCAACGCCGAGCGGAUUGUGGCCACGCUCUGCCGGGUGCGGGGGGCUGCCCUUAAGCUGGGGCAGAUGCUCAGCAUCCAAGACGCCAGCUUCCUCAGCCCGCAGCUGCAGCGGAUCUUCGAGCGCGUCCGGCAAAGCGCUGACUUCAUGCCGCGCUGGCAGACCACCCAAGUGCUGGCGGAGGAGCUGGGCCCCGGCUGGCGGGAGAAAAUGUCGGCUUUUGAGGAGAUGCCUUUCGCUGCUGCCUCCAUCGGCCAGGUGCAUCUUGGGGUGCUGCGGGACGGCACCGAAGUGGCCGUGAAGAUCCAGGUGAGCCCUGGGAUGGGGGGGGGGCUGGGCACCCAGAGCAUCCACAGUGACAUUGACAACCUCCUCUCUUUGCUCAAGAUGAGCGUGGUGCUGCCGGAGGGUCUCUUUGCUGAUAAAUCCCUGGAGGUCUUGCAGAGAGAGCUGGAGUGGGAAUGUGACUACCGCCGGGAAGCUGAUUGCGCCCGCACCUUCAGGGAACUUCUACGGGACGACCCCUUUUUCUCGGUGCCGCGGGUCGUGGAUGAGCUGAUUGUCCUUUCCAUGGAGCUGGGGAGCGGCGUCCCCCUCGACCGGUGCCGGAAUCUCCCCCAGGACCUGCGAGACCAGAUCUGCGCCAACCUCCUGCGCCUUUGCUUGCGGGAACUUUUUGAAUUUCGCUUCAUGCAGACGGAUCCAAACUGGGCAAAUUUUCUUUACGAUGCUGACCGGCACAGGGUGACUCUGUUGGAUUUUGGGGCUAGCCGCUCUUUCGACAAGGAGUUCACGGAUCACUAUAUAGAGGUGAUCCAGGCUGUGGCUGACAGCAACCGGGCCAAGGUGCUGCAGAAAUCCCGAGACCUCAAAUUCCUGACGGGCUUCGAAACCAAGGCCUGGGGGGGGGUCAGCGAUGAACAAGCUGCGGCAGAGCCUGCGUCGGAAGAAGCCGGCCUACGUGCCGGAGGCGGCGCGGCCGCACCAGUGGCAGGCGGACGAGGAGGCCGUGCGGCGCGGGAAGUGCAGCUUUCCCGUGCGGUACCUGGGACACGCGGAGGUGGACGAGUCGCGGGGGAUGCACGUCUGCGAGGAGGCCGUGAAGAAGCUCAAAGCGAGCGGCCGGAAAGCGGUGAAAUCGGUGCUGUGGGUGUCGGCGGACGGGCUCCGUGUGGUGGACGAUAAGACCAAGGACCUCCUUGUCGACCAGACCAUCGAGAAGGUCUCGUUCUGUGCCCCCGACCGCAACUUCGACAAAGCCUUUUCCUACAUUUGCCGGGACGGCACCACGCGCCGCUGGAUCUGCCACUGCUUCCUGGCCCUCAAGGACUCU